AUGUCUGAAGAGGAUGGCAUGGGAAUGGCCUCCAAUUAUAGCGUGCUGCAAGAACUAGGCUCUGGGUCUUUUGGAACAGUAUACAAAGCGAUUGAGAGAUCAACUGGAGAAGUUGUGGCCGUCAAACACAUUGAUUUAGAAUCCAGCGAAGAUGAUAUAGCAGAAAUACAACAAGAGAUAUCUGUGUUGAGUACGUGUGCAAGUCCAUAUGUUACUCAGUACAAAACUAGUUUUCUCCGUGGCCACAAACUCUGGAUUGUCAUGGAAUAUCUUGGAGGUGGAUCUUGCUUAGAUUUGCUCAAACCUGGUCCAUUCAAUGAAGGUCACAUAGCAAUCAUCUGUCGAGAACUUUUAUACGGUCUUGAUUAUCUACACCAAGAGGGGAAAAUCCAUCGAGACAUCAAGGCCGCCAACGUGUUACUCUCCUCAAGUGGAAAAGUCAAACUUGCCGAUUUUGGUGUUGCCGCACAACUCACAAAUAUCAAGUCGCAAAGGAAUACAUUUGUCGGUACACCUUUUUGGAUGGCACCUGAAGUUAUACAACAAGCCGGAUAUGAUUUUAAGGCAGACAUUUGGUCUUUGGGGAUAACAGCUAUUGAGUUAAUACAUGGAGAGCCUCCUCAUGCCUCUACGCAUCCUAUGAAAGUUUUAUUUAUUAUUCCAAAGUCUCCAUCUCCACUGUUGGAAGGUCCAAACUACAGCAAGGAAUUUAAGGAUUUUAUAGCGCAAUGCCUAGUCAAGGAAUGCGACAAGAGACCAUCAGCCAAGGAACUCCUCAAGCACAAGUUUAUAAGACACGCUGGUAAGGUUGAAGCAUUACAGGAAUUGAUGGAGAGAAAGCAAAGCUGGGACGGUAAUCGCAGUCAGAAAACUCAUCCAAGGUAUUACGAAGAGACACUAAAUAACAUGAGGUCAACUGCUACUUCGAGCGAAUGGCAAUUUGAAACAAUGAAGCCCACAACGGUGACAUCAAGUCGUCAGAGCACUCUAUACUCUCGCAAAAUACCUACGCACUAUUCCGAUAGUUAUGAAUCAACAUCAAGGCCCGAAGAAGCUCUAAAGCGACUAACUCUCAAGGACACACCGCUCGAUUUCUCCCCUCAAAACACAAUGAUCAAAAGUACGGUACGAAAACAGCCCUCUCUAGCCCAGCCAUCCAAAAUACCAAAAGACUUUCAACAACAGCCUCAGUCGAAAAAACCGCUACAGCCUGAUCUAAGCUUUGGUAAUACCGGCUCAACUGUCAGGUUGUUUUGCCGAGUGUCUGACAAUUUCACUGCUCCUCCCUCAAAGCUGGAUGAUGCUCCGCAAGCACAAAACGAAAACAGACCAUUGACGACAGAACCAGUUUCGAAAGAAGGCAUUGUAGGAAAGCAAUUCUUCCAUCAAAUUGUUGACCCCACCUUCCAAGAAAUGCUAUCCCAGACUAGUAGUCAAGAUAAAAGACAAUUGAUAUCACGCCUGGCAAACGCGUGGAGUGACUUCAACGCCAGAGAUCCUGAAGGGGAGUCCUAUUUAAUGAAAGCUAUAUUAGAAAAAUUACAGUUAGACCCGAAACUAUCUCAGAUUAUGCUAUCCCCACAAAAACAAACCAGAGACGCUAAUAUUUCUUCCCCAUCAAAGUCACCCACCAAGCUUGUAAUGUCUCCGAAUAACCCACACCUCAAGCCUAACCGACGUCGACAGUCAGGCAUUCAAUUAGACUCCAACGUUAAAGAAAAAUUAUCAAACCUGCCUGGUCAAAUUGUUCCAGGCAUGGAACACACGAAACAGCUUGCCGAUGUUUUAUACAGUCGAUGGGCUGAUAGACUUCGUAGUCGUUGGCCAAUCUCAUAA